ACUCAGAUUCCUGCUUUCAGUACCAUAGGAAGGGUUUGUGCCUCCAGUUCUCGGCUCCACAGAAGUUGCAUUAUGAGGGAGAAAGGCUUUUCCUGUCACGCACCGGCAAUCAAAGGUCAAAACUAAACCUCUGAUAAGCAGGGAGGGAGCUGGACCACUUCCCGGAUGGUAGAGCUGCUUACACCACACUGACAUGGGUGAGCAUAAAGGGGAAAAACUGGUUAGCAACCCCCAUCCCUUAGGUACGCCUGCCUUCCCCACAGCAGAGGUAUAAACAGUACAGCUCACUGUCUUGCACAAACCCAGCAGCAUGCCAGUGUCAAAGCCCUGCUCUGCUGCACAUUCGUGCCUUCCAUUUGCAGAGGGAGCCAGGCCAGGUUUUCAGCGAGGUCUCACGGCUGCUGGCAGGCACCCACACCGCGAUUGGCAGCGGCGGCUGCUCCCAAAAGGCAUCUGUGGGUGUCUGAGAAAGGAACUCCACAAUGCGUUUUGCUGAUGCAACUGCUCACAGAUAAAUCAAAACAAAGCUUUGACGGGAAAAGGAGAGGGUAGGAGACCCAAGUGUUUGUAACUGCACCAGACCAGGAGAAAAAUCAUGAUCCAGGAGCGACUGUGGCAGGUCGUAGACCCCUUGUGGGCUGACCCUCGUGUUCUCUCAGCCUUGUUUUGUGGUUCAGCUUCAGCCAUUGUGCUGCUGAAAUGGCUGGGUCGCAGGCGAAUCCAGCAGAAGAUGGAAGAAGCAAGAAGAACACGGGAUCUGGCUCUGGAGAGAAUGGAGAAGGCAGCUCGCAGGUUUAAGCAAGAGAACCCAGGCACCCAGACUGCACACAUCCUCUCACUGACCAUGGUGGAGCUGGCAGAGAAGCUGAAGGAGGGGUCCCUAUCCCCAGAAAGCGUUCUCUACUCCUAUAUAGGCAAAGCUCUGGAGGUGAAUCAGGAAGUGAACUGUGUAAUAGACUUCAUUCAUGGCUGUGAGGAUCAGCUCCAGAAACUGAAGAAACAGAAGGACAAGGGGCUGCUCUAUGGCAUUCCUGUCAGCAUCAAGGACCACAUUGACUGCAAGGGUCAUGUCUCCACUGGUGGGAUGGUGAAGUUUCUGGGCCAAAUGAAGGAAGAAGACAGCGUCAUCGUCCAGGUUCUGAAGAGCCAGGGGGCAAUCCCCUUCGUGAAAACCAACAUCCCGCAGACAAUGAUAAACUAUGACUGCAGCAAUCUCAUUUUUGGCCAGACGCUGAACCCCCUCAACCACCAGAAGACCCCCGGGGGCUCCUCAGGAGGGGAAGGAGCUCUAAUUGCAGGGGGAGGCUCCCUCCUGGGCAUUGGCUCAGAUGUAGCUGGCAGCAUCCGCCUGCCAUCCAGCUUCUGUGGGCUAUGUGGGCUUAAACCCACAGGCUUCAGGAUCAGCAAAUUGGGUGUGAUUUCUCCUAUCGCAGGAAUGAGCUCAGUGAUAGGGAUGCUGGGGCCAAUAGCAAGGGAUGUGGACAGCCUGGCCCUCUGCAUGAAGGCGCUGCUCUGUGAGGAGAUGUUCCGUCUGGAUCCCACCGUGCCCCCCAUCCCCUUUGAUGAGGAGGUUUACACCAGUUCAAAGCCACUUCGGAUUGGAUAUUAUGAAGAAGAUGGCUACUUCCAACCCUCACCCAGUAUGAAACGGGCCGUCCAGCAGACCAGAAAGCUCCUCCAAGAAGCAGGGCAUACAAUUGUUCCCUUUGCACCACCUAAGAUUGACUACAUGGUAGAUGAACUGUUUACCAGAGGGAUUUUCUCAGAUGGUGCUGCUCACAUGGUGGACUCUUUCAAAGGAGAUAUCGUGGAUCCUAAUCUGAAGUCCCAGUUCAAUACUUACAGGCUUCCUGCUUUGGUGAAGAGGAUCCUGGCUAUCAUUUUGAAGCCUAUUUACCCACGAAUUGCUCGGGAUCUCAGUGCUCUCUGUGGAGUGGGGUCUGCCAAAAACCUCUGGGAUCAGCAUAUAGCUGUGGCGGUUUACCGCACUGAAUUCAUUGCUAAAUGGAGGAAGCAAAAACUGGAUGUGAUUCUUUGUCCUGUACUUGGUCCAGCCUUUAACCAUGGCUACGCUGGGAAGCUAUUUGCUGCAACCUCCUAUACCAACUUGUACAAUGUCUUAAACUUCCCUGCUGGAGUGGUGCCGGUCAGCACAGUCACAAGAGCUGAUGAAGAAGAACUGAAGCAUUACCGAGGGCACUACGAGGAUCCUUGGGAUAAGAGACUGAAAGAGGCUGUGGAAGGAGCCGUGGGACUGCCUGUGGCUGUGCAAUGUGUGGCUUUGCCAUGGCAGGAGGAGCUGUGCCUUCGGUUCAUGAAGGAGGUGGAGAACCUUUCCCGUGGCAUGAGGAGAAAUGCAUGAUUUCUCAGGAUCUGCUUUGCUUAUGUUGACCUUUAAUACCCUGCUCGUCACUCCGUCACCUUUUACUCAGUGUGCAACACAGAUAGCAAUCUGCAGACUCCAAAUUCCAUUUCAGUAAAAUGGCAAUAAAUGCUGCUUGAAAGCAGUUGGAAAAAUCUAUUCCCUGUCCAAACUUCCUCUUUCAUUAAAGUGAGAUAAAACCUGG